UCGUCGUGUGCUACUUAUUUAAGACAAUCUGGAAAGUUCUUCAAGGACAGACUUAAUAAAAGUAAACAAAUAAAACUAAACUGCUGUACUAUUAUAUUCAUAGUGCUCCUAUAAUUUAGCUUCUUGGCUGUGCCCAGUGGAAUGCACUGAUUCCUUAACCGAGUCUGUUAAAAGCAGCAAAACUGCCAAGAUCUCAAUAAAACCAAAUAUGCGCCGAAAGAAUUAACCGUCUUCGCCACUUUCACUAUUAAUAAACGACUGCUUUACUUCGUACCGAACAAUGUGCCAAGUACGUAUUUAGUCCCUGAUGCUCGAACACGUGACGCGAGGCACAACCCUCAUUGGUCGCCGGUUCGUUAACGCUGUCUGAUUGGUAAAUCCCGUUGUCUGUCAGCCUGGACGUCACGCCUCCUUAUAAACCCGCGGGUGGGCGUGAGCCCCGGCAGAGUGUGGAGUUGAGAGAGUUUUGCUUGGUCGAGUUCGCCUCUCGGAGAAGAACAGGGACUUCCUCCGAGUUACGAACAAAAGUUUCGCUCUCAAGUAAAUGCCAGAGCGGAGAGGCUGCCUGGAAGCGGCGCGUUAGCGUAUGAGCGAACUUUUCGGUGACUUGUUGUUGUUGGGGGUGUUCACGGAGGUCCUCCGGCUCUGAGCUCAGCGAAGCAGCAGCAGCAGCAGCAUCAUCAUCAUCAUCAUCAUGUCCAGCCCGCCGCGACCCCGGCUCUGCGUCCUGGAGAAGAGCGCCAACGGCUACGGCUUCCACCUGCACGGGGAGAAGGGGAAGUCGGGCCAGUACAUCCGCCUGGUGGAGCCGGACUCCCCGGCCGAGGCGUCGGGUCUGCGCGCCGGGGACAAGCUCGUGUGGGUGUGCGGGGACAACGUGGAGGGCGAGAGCCAUCAGCAGGUGGUGUCGCGGAUCCGCGCCGUGAGCGGCCGCCUCGAGCUCGUCGUGGUGGACAAGGAGACGGACGAGCUGCUCAAGAAGCACAACCUCAAGUGCCUCGUCGAGUACGUCACCGAAGGCGUGCCCGUGCCUAGCCCGGCCGCCGGGGCCGAUGAGGAUGAUGAGCCCCGCGACGACGACGACGUCGACGACGGGGGCGCCAGCAACGGCACCCCCCGCCAGGCCAGUCCCGCCCCCGAGGAGAACGGCGAGCUCCCGGGCCCGGCCGAGAAGAACAAGAAGCUCAGUGUGAGCUCGGAGAAGGAGUCCAGAAGGGAGUUGCGCCCUCGCCUCUGCAACAUCAAGAAGGGAGCCAGCGGCUACGGGUUCAACCUGCACAGCGAGAAGUCCAAACCCGGACAGUACAUCAGAGCUGUGGACGAUGACUCGCCGGCACAGAAGUCUGGCCUUCGUCCCCAGGACAGGAUCGUGCAGGUCAACGGCACGUCCGUGGAGGGGAAGCAGCAUUCGGAGGUGGUGGCCGCCAUCAAGGCCGGGGGUGACGAGACCGGCCUGCUGGUGGUGGACGCCGAAACCGACGCCUUCUUCAGGAAGUGCGGGGUUCUGCCCGCCGAGAAGCAUCUGACAGGACCCCUCCCUGAACCUGUUCUCAAUGGAGAGCCAGAGCAGACGGCCAAUGGGAAAGUGGUCCAAGAAGCGGAGGUCAAGGCAUCAGUCAGUCCAGCUCCAUCGAGCGCCUCGUCCAGCGCCUCUCUCCCAGAGGUUCGCAGGAGCACCCCGCCCCCAGAGCAGACGAAGGCGGAGAAGGAGCCCGUAGAGGACGCGGGCCUGGCCCUGACCAUGUCGCUGCAGCAGGCCAAGGAGCGCGCCCACCAGAAACGCUCCAACAAGCGGGCCCCCCCCAUGGACUGGAGCAAGAGGAACGAGCUGUUCAGCAACCUGUAGCGCAGCCGCCCCCUGCGUCACCCUUCGGCGCGCCCGCGCCCACGUGUUCGUCUCACGAAAAGCAUUCUGUAGUCGCUCCUCAUGGUUUCCGCUGUGUAACGUGUUAUUUUCCAAACAAGUGAAAUAUGAGCUGUUAAUACGCUGUAUUAUAAAUACAUAAGCAGUAGAAACGGAUGCAUCUUUUAAGGCUGGGACAGGGCUGAAGCGAGAGCGAUCUUUGCAUUUUGUACCGUCAAAGACAUUGUCAGGUAUGAUUGCGUUGGAAGGAGAACGUUUUAUUUAGGACCGUCUGUCCAGAGAGCAGCGGAUGUGACGUGAAUUUGCUGACGCUGCUGGCUGGGGGAUGCUGCUUGUUAGGUUGGUGGGAAAACUCGUGUUUCACAAUCAACCCUUUGUUUUCAAGGGCUGUUUUUCAGUUGUAAUUUUAAACUCUUAAAUCUUUGGCUAACGGGGCAAAAAAAUUAACUUUUUCAGGAAAAAAAAAAAAACCUUAAUGCACCUUGCCCAUUGAGCCAUUGCUUUCCUUUAUUGUACAGCUAGUACCACUAAUGGUUUCUUAAUUUGAUUUAAUUUAGUACAACUGAGCCAAAAUUCUCUUAAAACCACUGACAAUUUUACGAGAAUGAUUAUUAAACGAUAGCAAACACAUUAGUGUCCGUGUGACUGAAAUCCUGAGAACUCCUAGGAACCGCCUGCCACAGGGUUGGCAUUUCUGGACCCUGUGGACCUGCGGUCGGACUUGUUCAUUCCGCUGUGGAAGGAAUUGCUGACCGUUACCUCAAACCGUUUGUGGAAUUGCACCCCACUUUCAGUGUCGGGGAUGGUAAAAGCAGGAGUCCAAGGAGGCUGUUGCAAGGAGACCAUCUUAGUCUUGCAUGAAUCGACAGUAAGCUAAACCUCAUGAAGAGGAGCUUAAAAAUGAGCUUUCUGACGUAGGUUGAGGGCGUUUGCUGCAGAAUGCGCCCCGUUUCUGUCUGAGCUCCACAUCACCUCAUACCACAAAUGCAGUAUCCUUCAGAAUUGACUACAGGUGAAAAUAACCAGCGAUGUCAUACAGUAAAUCUGCGAUUGCAGAGUAAAACGGCUUUUUCUGCACUUCCGGUAGCAAACGGUGAAAUUCCUUCAAAGGUGACACUUUCCUGUGAUUUUUACUGCUGUAAAUUCCGUUUCUUUCAAUUCCUUUCCGAUGUAUUUCUUCGCGACAUGCAGGAAAAACGUAAUGUGGUUCCCUUAGAAUUUGUAUGUGGUUUGUGCGCUGUGCAUAAUCUUGUUUUUGUUUGAUUUGGUUUAGUAGUAAUUCUAGUUCUGCAUUUCUGUUAACAUUGCUAGGAUAGGUGACCCUGUUCUUGACCCCAUGACCUGUUGCAGAGGUUCCAGUGCUUGCGAGUGUGUGCACAGGUGUGCCAAUGGUCUUGGUGUACACCGACGAACGUUUAUGUAAUCGAGAUUAGAUCACUUCCAUGGUUAUAUAUAAUAAAUAUGUAUAAUCUCCCCCGACUCCCAAUAAAUCUUGUCUGUAUAGAUGGGAACCACCCCAGUGAUGCUCAUGUCAAGUAUUCAGGAAUAAAUAAGCUCUUUGACCACCGACAGCGUGAGUCCUUCGUACGUUUAAAUGAUGAUUAAUUUUAUACGUGUGCCACAGCAGUUGGGUACUUGAAUUUCUUUGGUACGCACCUCAUUUCCGCUCGUGCCAGCAGUUGCACUUACAACGUCCAGACCUCCUGGAGCACAGAGUAAGUGCACCAGAGACCCGCAGUCACCAACUCAUGUUCUCACUUUUUUUUUUUAAUAACCCUUUCACACGACAUUUUAAAGUAUUCUGUAUAAGUACAAACCACUUGUAAAUCUUAGAAUUUACCUUACUUUGAAAUUCUCAGACGAUGCAUUUAUUGCUGCCCACUAGCCCAGAAAUUCUAUGUUAAACUUUUGGUCCGGUCUGGGAAUAGGACUGCUCUAAUCGCACAGGCGCAAAACAAAGGUAUGGAUAAAAUUAGCAUGAGGUAACAAUAACAAAAUCAGCUUUUU